UAUGCACCCCAACAGCUUCCAAACGUGCAGUCCCCUUGGCAAGUCACGUGAUUCCUAAAGGGGCCAGAGCGCCCAACACAACCCAGUUUCACUGUUGGCGGUACCCGACCUUGGCGACACGAGAUGUACAAGUUAUGAGGGAAACAUUGGCGUUUGAGCUGCUCACAUCCAUGAUGAACGACGAUUGGCGAGCUGAUUCUCCCAUUCCCUCAACCUCCCAGGACACCGUCGACUCUAUCAUCGGCUUCAGCAACGACGACCUGAGAGUGGACACCGGUGAAGUGACCAUCGAUCCCAGCUAUGAAGAGACGUUACAGAGCUUAUACAGUGAGGAGGAUUCACAGUCAGACCCUUUGUGGAACCCGAACUCAACAUCCACCGCCAGCUCAACAGUAGGGGGAGACAACUCUCUGGACUUCCUGUCUGAUGACUGUUUCCUGGAAGCGUCAAUGACUGAUGUUGUCAAGGGGUCACUGAAGUCACGUAUUCAUGCAAAACGACUGGCAUCUGGCCAAGAGGAGAUCAGUGUGGACCUCAGUCGAUCCAUCUCUCCCAAAGAACCGCUGACAGGGGAAGACCUCCAGUUACACAUGGAACGCAAGGAGAAGAACAGGGUGGCUGCGCAGAAGUGUCGCACCAAGAAACGGGAGCGUGCAGAGCAUCUGGAACAUGACAUCAGCCGCCUGGAGAACAAACAGGAUCAUCUGAAGGAUGAGAUUCAGCGCCUGCGGGACGAAAGGGAACACCUGGAAGAGGUCAUCAACAUCCACAGUGUCGUCUGCCCUAAGAUCAGGAAGAUCUCCGACUCCUAAGAUCCUGAAGGUCAAGGUUGUGACUGUUUUUAGACAAUGCCCGAUCUUACGAUAUAUUGCGGUAUGAACUAUGGCUCAACUGGCAGCUCGUCUGUGACGUCAGAAACUGCGUCUACGAUCUACUCGUAUCUACGAUGGUAACAUGGACGAGAGAAGAUUGGUACUUCCGAAGAAAGGAAUUUGAUAGGGAGGUGUCUCUUCUGUGACAACUGGGGCAUAGGCUGCUCCACAAUGGUUGCCACAAGAGGCACUAUCAUGAACUAACAUGGUGAUUUUCACAAGGAAAGUGGAGUCGUAUUGUAUUGAUCUUAUAAUAUGCACCCACUGUGUAUUUGAUAAGCCAGUAUACAGUAGUAUAGCAGUAUGUGUUUAGAAUAUACCAAGUAGUCUGAGGGGCAUUAUUACAUCGACAUCCACGACAAUAGCAUCUCUGUCAUGUAUGUGUCUAGUUUUAAGGUUGUGUGCGUAGGGAAAUCCGCAAACUUCACUGAAGGAGUAUGGAUGCUGGAUUGAAGACAUAAAGUGUAGAAGUACAGGAUUAAAGAUAGGGACACUGGAUAAAAUGUACGGAUAUAUGAGGUAAAAAUAUAUUGGAUUAUGGGCAUAUUAAGGUGUAGAAAUACAAAAUAAAAGACACUGGGAAUUGGAAUACUGUAUGAAACGUAGGGACAUUGGAUUAAAAACAUGGGAGUACUGAAUUAAUACUGGAAUUUAGGUACCACGUGCAGGCGUACUUGAUUAAAGAUCCGGUGUGUGGAACAACUUGAUUUCGAGUGCCAGUGGAUUAAAGGUAAACCCAGAAGAAUACUGGAGUAAGAGCGUGGCCUGUAGAUAUAUUCGGUUAAGGUAUAGAGUACUAUAACUAAAGUCAAGUGUAGGCGUAGUGCAGAAAAUACAAAGGAUGGACGUCAUUAGGCAAUGUACUCCUGGUUGCAUUUAUUGCGAAAUAAUCCCAUACGGAAAUAUGAUGUAUGGAUUCUUAGACCUACAAGAUUUGUGUAACCCAUUGUGUUAAUUAGGAAUGGUUAAUGUAUUAUACCCAUUUUUGAUUCAGCUCUUAAAUAUUACUGACAUGAUACAACUGUGAAGGCUGAUCUUCACGUAUAAGUGGUGCCUUACAAUGCAAGACAAAGCCCUGCAGUUGACUUAUGCAAGACCGUGGCUCCAAUGUUGAUGUGUUUUUUGUAAAGUCUGUGUCAGCUGUAACCAAAACCUUAAUAGUACAUACUUGAUCUGUGUAAAACUUGCCAACUUUUUUCACCAUCAUCAUAUUUCCAUUUAAAAAUCGUAUUUUUCUAACCUUUCAAACAUUCGUCGGAAUCUCUGGGUAAUACUCCCUACACUGUAAGUGCCGACCCUGCUGCUGAGCUCGGAGACGGGGACGAGGGUGGAAUGUCGCCAUUACCCGACCCCCCACCCCUCGCCCCACCCCUCGCCCCACCCAGGCAGCUGAGAACGAGACUGAGGGAAUCAGUGUGUUUGAAGAACCGCGUGGUGCGUGCUGAACGUGACAUGAAUGACUCCAUGGUUGUGGCGACGGUGUUAGAACUUGGAAGAGGAACAGGAAGAAGAAUGGGCUUCAAAUGACUAUGAAUGAGAGACAUGAGAUCGACAAUUGUUUUUAUCUAUUUAUGAAUGUAUGUUAUGAUCGCUGAGCGUGUUGUCACGUAGAUUGAAUAUGAACGGUGUUAACGGCGUGUUUAUGUUGUUAUAUGUUUGUUUUUUAAAUAUAAUUGUUUCUAUUCCUA